UACUUGAUAGGCAAAUGUUUGAUUUUCAUCUUAUGGGUUACUGAGAUAGAUUUCCAUCAGGAGACCUUUUGUAUUUUCUUUAAGUGAUGCAAAUAAAUUUUUCGAUUUUGCCAAAAAAUUCAUUGAAGUAUUAAAGAAACAAAUUGUUUUGAGUGAAAAUAAAUCUUUGAAUAUUCUCAAUCAAAACAAACUUCAACUAUUGGAUAUAUGUUUCAAUAUACUUAAUGAAAAAAAUUUAAUUUUGUCAAAUGAUGAUGAACGUCAAUAUCGAUUAUUAUUUAUUGAUACAUUAAACUCAAUAACACCAUCGAAUAUUGUUGCACAAAAUCUCAACGAAUUUCUUGGUGAUUGUUAUUUUUGGUUAUCACAAAGUAGUGUAGAGGAAGAAGAACGAGUAAAAUAUUAUGAACAAUAUCUUCGAUGUUUGUGCAAAUUUGGACGUCCAAGUGCUGAUAUAAUUGAUUAUUGUAAUGAAUGUUUGAAGUUAUUUCCACAAUCCAAUGUUGCUGCUGAAAUUUUAUUACUUAUAUUACUUGAAAAUAUUCUUCCAAAAAUUUAUGAUUUACGAGCACCAACUGAUCGUUUACGCGAUGCUUUGAAUAGAAUUUCGGCAGAACAUAGUUGUUCACCAACAGUUCUCGCAACAAAAGCCUAUUUUUUAAUUCGGCAUGCAAAAUAUUCCGAUGCAUUAGAAUUAUUGAUAACUACUGAUUCAGAAUCAAAUGUUGGUCAAGUUAUUGUAACUGUAUUGAAAUUGGUGUGUUAUGCUCAUAUGCACAUGGGUCAUCAAACAUUGGAAACAGUCACUCAAUAUCGUGCACAAAUACAAAAUUUUAUUGUCACAGAUGUUGUACCGUUUAUUGAAGCCUUGGUUGAAUUAACAAGGGGAAUGGCUUUGCAUGAUCUUACACAAUAUCAAAAAGCAAUUGAUUCCUAUAAUAAAAUAUUAAUUAAUCCUAAUGCAUUUCAUGAUAAAGCAAAUUACGGUAAAUUUCAAUCUUAUCUAGUGUUAAAUGUACUUGAAGAAGCACGCGCAUGUUAUGAUAAGAUAAGUGAUAAACUGGAUGAAAUUCAACAAUUAUCUUGUCAAGUUCAAUUAUAUCUGGCAGAAAAUGAUUGUGAUAGUGUGAUUAAAUUAGUACAAACUGCAAUGAUAGAUAAAAAUAAAGAAGAAGGAGAAGAUGAUCAACAACAAUUUGAAUUAAAUGUUCAUGGAUGGAUUAGUUUAGGAAAAGCUUAUCUUGCUGUUCAACAUUCACAUUUAUUCGAUGGUUUACAAUGUCGAAAUGCAUUUAAAAAAGCUAUUGAAAUUGAUCCAUACUAUUGGGAAAGUUAUGCAUCUAUGGGUGAAUAUUACAAUAUCAUUGAACAUCGUUUAUCCGAAGUAUUAUCACAUUAUAAACGUGCAUUUGAAUUAAACGAAAAUAUUGAUAGUGAUGAAGCUUUACCAUUAUUAGAACGUGUAUUGACUUUGGACAAUAGUAAAACAUGGGCACAUUUACGUCGUGGAUUAUUAUCUCUACAAUUGAAUAAUACUUCUAUGAGUUUAAAAACUUUAAAAAUCAAUGAUAAUCGGUUAGAAUUGGAAAAUUUUUUUAAUUUUUGUAGUGCUUCAUGGUCGGCACUUGGCGAUGCAAAUUUUCAUUCAAAUAAUAUUCGUACAGCUUUAACUUGUUAUCAUAAAGCUUCAGCACUUGAAAAACAAACAUUAUAUUCAUUGACAAGAGAAGGAUAUUCGUUAACUUUACUUGGCCGAUAUGAUGAAGCUGUUCGAUUAUUCGAUAAUGUCAUUGAACAAGCUCCUAAAUAUCUUUUAGCAAGAAAAGGCAAAGGUGAAGCAUAUAUGCUUUUGGCAAAUGUAAAUCUUGGACGUUAUAAGGAUCAUCUAGCUGUUGUAAAUACUCAAAAAGCUCUUACUUGUUUUCAUGAUGCACUUUGUCUCCAACCAGAAUAUGCUUGCUUAUGGAAGAAAUAUGGUGAUGGUUGUAUGUUAUUACAUAUUGUUAAAAAUGAACUUGUACACAUUCUUUUACCACCCUUAACCAGAAAACUUACAGAAUUGACAACAGAUACAGAUGGUUGUAUACAUUUGAAUAAAAUCGAUCUUUUAGAACGAGCACAAAAAUGUUAUAUGCAAGCAAUUCGUCUUUGUCCACGUUCUCCUCUCUAUUGGUCAUGUUUAGCCCAUUGUCUUUACAUACAAUAUCGUCUUAAAUUGGAUGAUCAAAUUUUAUUAACUUCAUUUAAUUAUAUGAAAAUAGCCGUAUCCUUAAGAACAAACGAUUAUCGUCUAUGGAAUUCACUUGGAGUUAUUGCAGCUCAUCCACAUCUGCAUACACCUGGUUUUGCUCAACAUUGUUUUUUUAAAUCAAUUCAAUUACAACGUUCAUCAUGUGCCUAUACAAAUCUUGGUUUUCUUUACUAUUGUCAUGACAACAUACAGGCUGCUAAUCAGGCAUUUUCAACUGCUCAACAAUUAGAUCCACAAGAUUCAAUUGCCUGGACUGGACAAGCCUUAAUUGCAGAAAAAAUUGAUCCUAGUGAAAAAACUGAUUUAUAUCGUCAUUGUGUGGAGCUCUCGAACCAUUCUCAAGGACUGUAUGGCUAUGGAAAAUCAAUAGCCGAUUUAUUAAUCAAACCGGACGAAAAAUCAUCAGAUACAUAUCGUUAUUCAAUUGAGUAUAUGAAUGGAAACCAUAAAGGCGCCGAAGCACUCGUUAAAUUUCUACAACGUUAUACGGACGAUGGUAGUGCCCAUCAGUGUUUAGCUGUCAUUCUUGAGUUUAAUCAGUUAUUUAUUAGUGCAGCUAAAGCAUAUCAUUCAGCUCACACUCAUUGUUCAACAAUUCCAAAAUUAUCAAAUACACUACGCAAUGAUUAUGCUCGUGCACAAUGUCGAAGUGGUGAUGCAAAAUCUGCACUGGACACAUUUGUACAAAAAGAGGCGCCUACCACAUUACUCGAUUUACUCUGGAUAUCUCUAAGCUAUGUUAAAAUUGGUCAACGAAUAGAAGCAAUAGCACUUCUCAAAAGAACGGUUGAUUUGUCAGAAACAUCAAAUAAAGAUCGUUCAAUUAUUCUUGCAUUUAUUGGUUUACUUCAAAUAACACUCGAUCAAAAAGCAGCAUUAGCAAGUCUUUUCAAAAGCUAUAGUACAAAACCUGCCUGUUCAUCGACAGUAACAACAUUGUGUGCCGUUGGAAUGUCAGCAAAUGAUAUCAGAAUAACAUUGGCUGCACUCAAAGAAAUGCCAAAAUUAACUGAUUCAACAUAUACAAUGGAAAUACAUUUACUUCAAUGUAUGGCAUUGAUUUUCACGAAUAAAGCUUAUGAAGCACACAUCUAUUCUAUGACUGGUAUUCGUGCAUAUCCAUAUUUAUCUUGGGCAUGGGCAUUGGGAUUACUAGCACGUAUACAGUAUGGACUACAAAAUGGUCUUCAUCAGAUCAUUGAAACAAUUUGUUCAACAUUUACCAGACUUAAUGAGAGAAUUGCUAUUAUUAUUGCCAAUGCAUUGAUUCGUUCACAAGCUAAUCAGCAACAAUCGAAACGUAUAUUUCAAUCACUCAUUAUGCAGUAUCCAGCUCAGAAGCAAUUACGUAUCUGUUUUUCGGAAUAUUUACAAUCGUACGAUAAACCAUUAGCACAGGCCGUCUUACUUAAUGAUCUUGUCUAUUAA